AGAAACCAAGUAGCCAAUCAUUUCAAGUGUCAGAUAUUUUGGCUGCGCGCUCAGGAGCCAGGUGACCGGAGCGACGGGAUGAUCUUCAAGCGCAGCGGGAGUCCCCUUCUGCUCACUGUGACCUGCAUGCUUUUCUCAGGAGGCUUGCUCUGGUCCUACCGAGAGGAUGCCACAGACGGCGAAGCUUGCUCUGAGAAUAAGAUUGCCACCACCAAAUACCCCUGCUUGAAAUCAAAUGGAGAAGUCACUACAUGCUACAGAAAGAAAUGUUGCAAGGGUUUCAAGUUUGUGUUGGGCCAGUGCAUUCCUGAAGACUAUGAUGUGUGCGCUGGCGCCCCCUGUGAGCAACAAUGCACUGACCACUUUGGGCGUGUGGUGUGCACCUGUUACCCCGGCUACCGCUACGACCGGGAACGCCACAGAAACCGAGAGAAGCCCUACUGUCUGGACAUCGAUGAGUGUGCAGACAAAAACAUGACCAUCUGCUCACAGAUCUGCAUCAAUUUUGCUGGGAGCUACAGGUGUGAGUGUGAGAAAGGUUAUUUCCUGGAAGACGAUGGGAAAACCUGCACCAAGGGGGAGAGAGCAGUGCACCUUUUCGGGAAGUCAGACAACGUGAUGAAGGCUGGGACCUGCUCAGCCACCUGCGAUGAUUUCCACCAGAUCAAGAUGUCAGUGUUGCAGCUUAAGCAAAAGAUGGCCAUUCUUCCAAACAACGCUGAGGUCCAAGAGCAGAUGACUAGUGAAAAAGUCCUCACAUCACAUUCUUUCUUACCAGGGCCUCCUGGCCUCCCUGGUCCUCCGGGUGACCCAGGACCAGAGGGCCCUCCAGGACACACAGGGCUGUUGGGCCCCCCUGGCCCCCCUGGACCCAGGGGCUUAAUGGGACCCAUUGGACCCACACCAGAUCUGUCCCACAUCAAACAGGGUCGUCGAGGACCCGUGGGGCCUCCAGGAGCUCCAGGAAAAGAUGGCAUGAAGGGGGAGAGAGGAGCUCCUGGGCCUUCUGGACCACCAGGCCCACCAGGCUCCUUUGAUUUCCUGCUCCUGCUGAUGGCAGACAUCCGUAACGACAUCGCUGAUCUGCAGAGCAAGGUGUACGGUCGACCAAUGAAUUCACCGGUGGAGGACCUUCCUUCAGUCCCAGACAGCUGGAGGGACAACCAGGACACUCUGGACAUGGGCUCAGGAGAGGAUUACAAGGAUCAAAAACCGAGGGCUGGUGGAGGAUCCAAGAGGAACAGGAAGAGGAAACCAGCGCGAGACAGACGACUUUGACUGGACAAGCCGAGAAGCCUAUAUUUCAAUACUUGUUUAUGGCAGGUGUAAAUAUUGAAGUGUGAGUGUGUGUGUGUGUGUGUGUGUAUGUGUGUUUCUUUUUUAUUUAAUUGCUUAUGAAACAGAAUGUACUGAAUGCCUUCACCGA